AUGGCCAAGGACGUCGACUAUCAAAGGCCGACUGGCACACCUGACCACCACCAUGCAAACUCGGGAGACGAGACGGAAACUUCAACGGUUGUCGAUGCUCAACUCGUGCAGGAAAAAGGCCCAGACACGCAGCACCCUCCACCGAUACAUGAGCCUGAAGAUGACAUCGAGGCACAAAUGGGCGAAGCGCCUGGCCAUGAUUUGGAAAAGACCACGACCAACGUCAGCCGCAGGAGCGUCCUGAGCCGGCUGUCGCGCAAAAAGACACAGGAGAAGCUCCCGCCGCCGGUGCUCCCCGUCAUGGACCUCGACAACGGCGUCGUCGGCUGGGAGGGCCAGGACGACCCGGCCAUGCCGCUCAAUUUUGCGCCCUUUCGCAAGUGGCUGAUGAUCUGGCUGCUGUCGGCCAUCACCUUCAUGACGCCGUGGUCGUCGUCGAUCCUGGCGCCGGCCCUCGGGCAGAUCCAGGCCGAGUUCCACGUGGGCAGCGCGACGCUGGCCGCCAUGCCCGUCAGCAUCUUCCUGCUGGGCUACGCCGUCGGCCCGCUGGUGCUGUCGCCGCUGUCGGAGAUGUACGGGCGCAACGUCAUCAUGCUGGCGUCCAACCUCGUCUUCUGCCUGUGGCUCAUCGGCUGCGCGCUGGCGCCCUCCAUCGACACGCUCAUUUUCUUCCGCUUCAUGUGCGGCGUCGGCGGCUCCGCCUGCCAGACCGUCGGCGGCGCCAUCAUCUCGGACCUCUUCCCCAUCAGCGAGCGCGGCAAGGCCACGACCGUCUGGAUGAUGGGCCCCAUCCUCGGGCCCUCGCUCGCGCCCGUCGUCGGCGGCUUCGUCGCCGAGACCAUCGGCUGGCGCUGGACGAACUGGAUCUCCUUCAUCCCCGGCAUGCUCGUCGUCGCCUGCAUGCUCUUCGGCAACAAGGAGACAAACGCGCGCGUGCUGAUGCGCGUCAAGACGGAGAAGCUGCGCAAGGAGCUCGGCCGCCCGGAGCUGCGCAGCUGCUACAUCGACCCGACCAAGCCCAUCCUGACCAAGCGCCAGAUCCUGCUGCUCGGCCUCACGCGCCCCAUCAAGAUGCUCUUCCGCUCCGCCAUCCUCUUUGCCAUCUCCCUGUACAUUGCCUUCAACUACGGCUGUCUCUACCUGCUCUUCAACACCAUGCCCACCGUCUUUCACGGCAACUAUGGCUGGUCGCUCGGCGUCUCGGGCCUGCCGUACUUUUCCCUCAUGAUUGGCUACAUGAUUUCCAUCACGAUCUUUGCCAUCGUCUCGGAUCGCACCGUCGUGCGCAUGACCAAGGCCAACGGCGGCGUCUACGAACCCGAGAUGCGCAUCCCUUACUGCACCUACUUUGCCAUGCUCAUCCCCAUCAGCUUCUUCUGGUACGGAUGGGCGGCGGACAAGCAUGUGCACUGGAUCGUUCCCGUCAUUGGCGUGAUUCCAUUCUCCGCUGGCAUCAUCGGCGUCUGGACCCCGGCCAACGCCUACAUCAUCGACGCCUUUCCCGAGUACGCUGCCAGCGCCCUGGCAGGCUUUGCCGUCAUCCGCUGCACCGUCGGCGCCUUCUUGCCCCUGGCUGCACCCGCCAUGUAUGCCCAUCUAGGCCUCGGAUGGGGUACGUCACUGCUGGGCUUCAUUUCACUCGCUUUUGUGCCAAUCCCGUUCCUGAUCUUCCGCUAUGGCAAAUGGAUGAGAGAGCGUUGGCCUAUCAAGGCCUAA